AAGGAUGUCUAUGUGUGUAGAAUCUGGAUGACAGCGACUGGACCAACAGCAUGUACAUCUCCCCUGUUUCGGGAAUGGAUAACACCAGCUUCUUCGCAGACGACACCGCCAACCUUAGCUCAGCCCUACUAAAGGAGGACGACCCUGGCGAGGCCGCGGCUGCCAGUCUUUUCCCAGAGUUCCUCGCCUCGCUUCUGAAGCACUCUUCCUCCGCGGUGUUUGAGCUGCUUGAGGAUUAUCAGACACUUUGCCAGAACAAGGUGGACGUACUGCAGUCUGUGGUCCUCAGAGCGGGUCAGAACAGUAAGACAGCUGGAGUCCACUGGCUGCUGCAGCAGGAGAUCUGCACCUGGAGACUCAUCACGUCACUGUACAGGGACCGGGUCCAGUUGGCGCUGGAAGAUGAUAUCAUGACAGACAUGGUUGUUCCCAGUGAGAGUGAGAAGGUUGUGGUGGAGCAGCUUUUCCAGCGGGAUGCCAUCAUACGUCAGAGUCAGCUGGUCGUUGAUUGGCUGGAGAGCAUUGCCAAGGAUAAGAUUGGAGAUUUUUCAGAUAAUAUAGAAUACUACGCCAAAAAUGUCUGCUGGGAGAACACACUCCAUUCGCUGAAGCUGAGGAGAAAGAGCGGCUCUACCUUCACUGUGCCUCUGGUCACUGAGCUGGACCCAGAUGCUCCUUUCAGGCAACAGCGUCCCCUGGCUGAGCUGGACAGAGAGGAUGACACCCGACUGCUGAAGAACCUGUUCAGCCUGAUCAGAGCGGGGAUGACCGAGGAGGCUCAGAGGCUGUGUAAGCGCUGUGGUCAGGCCUGGAGAGCAGCGACUCUGGAAGGCUGGAAACUCUACCAUGAUCCCAACAGGACCUCAGUGAGUUUAGAGUUGCAGCCCGUUGAAGGAAACCCUCAGAGAGGAAUCUGGAAGGCCUGCUGCUGGAGAAUGGCUGAGGAGGAGCAGUUAAACAGAUAUGAGAGAGCGAUCUACUCCAGCCUGAGUGGAAACCUCAAACCGCUCCUGGCAGUGUGUGAGUCAUGGGAGGACUGUGUGUGGGCGCACUUCAAAGUGAUGGUGGACUCGCUGGUCGAAAAGGAACUGAUGUCAUCGGGGAUGGCCCACCAGGAAAUGGAGACGCUGCCACGAGAAUACCUGGAGGCCAAUUGGACGAUGGAAAAGGUGUUUGAGGAACUUCAGGCCUUAGAGUUGAAGAGGGUGUCUGAGGAAACAAAAGAGCAUCACCAUGUCAUCCAGAAGUUUGUCAUCCUGGGAGACCUGGACGGUCUGUUCGAGGAGUUUUCUGAUUGGAUGACAACCUCUAAGCCCCUCCCCUCCCACCUGCUGCGCUUCAUGACUCACCUGCUGCUGUUUUUCCGCUCUCUGGGUUUGGCAUUGAAGGAGGAGGUGUGUGUGGACGUGCUGAAGGCGUACGUCUCCCUUCUGGUUCGGGAUCAGCAGACCGACCUUGUGGCGAGCUACGUUAGCCAGUUACCCGCCGAGGUCGCCACCGUUCAGUACGCCGCUUUCUUGGAGACCGUCAACCAGCCGGAGCUCCGCCCCCGCUGCCUGCAGCUCGCCACUGACGCCGGUCUGGAUGUUGCUGCGAUAACCAAGCUGGUGGUGGAGACUGUGAGAGAGAGAGACGACACCGAGUUUACACACCACAACCAGACGCUGGAGAUGGGAACCACAAAGGAUGACCUAAGAAAGAUCGAUGUCAUCGAUUGGCUGCUGUUUGACCCCGCCCAUCGAGCCGAGUCCCUAAAGCAGUCCAACGCCAUCAUGAGGAAGUUUCUGGCCGUGCAGAAACACGACGCAGCCAAGGCGGUCUUCUCUAAAGUUCCAGAGGAUUCAAUGAGGGAGAUUUACUGCCAGUGGUCGGGGGCUGGUCAGACCACGUCUCUACAUGCUGAGGACGAGAACGCCAUCAGAGAGCACCUGUGUAUCAGAGCCUACCUGGAAGCCCAUGAGGCCUUCACUGACUGGUUCAACCACAGUAGCUCUGCGCCCCAGAAACCAGCACCUGCCCCGGAGGCCAAAUUCACAGAGAGAGUAGCCAAUGAGAUGAGAGAGAAGGAGUACCAGGCUUCUCUGUCCGCCUGGUCGUGCCGCCUGGACGUUUUAACUGAAGAUGUGAAAGAGAGAAUCUACAACGUGCUGCUGUUUGUAGACGGAGGAUGGAUGAUCGACAACAGACGGGAUUCAGAGGCGGAUUCAGAGCGCAGGCACCAGAUGGCGGCGUUGCGCUCUCUGUGUCUGCCUCGUCUCACCUUUUUGCUGCUCAGCGUGCUGCAGAACUCCUCCAGACACCAGGAGGCGCUGCGACUCGCUGACAUCAUCUCAUCUGACCAGCACCGCCUCUACCAGGUUUUCUCUAAAGAGGAGCUGAGAAGGUUUCUCCUGAAGUUGAGGGAGUCGUCGCUCGCUCUGUUGGACCGAGGACUCGAUCCACUGGGCUACGAGUUACAGACAUGAACACAAAGAAAACACACACACACACAGGA